CAAGGGACGGAGGGUGCAGGGGAUGGACAGCCGAGGCCUGCCUGUCGGUGUCAAACGGGCCGCGCGCGUCCACCCGCCCGCAUGCCAUUAGAUUUUCGUCGUUUUCGAUGAAAACGCGUCUCCGCUGGCGGUACGACGCGCCGGCGACGAGGGUGCCGAGCUAUCGACGUCACGUUUGACCGAGUGUCAAUACACGGCGUAGGAGUGUCACACGACGUGAGAAUCGCACGAGUCUUCGCGUGCGGUGCGACGAGUGUGUUCACGGAGAGCGCUUUCUUUCGCAACUUGGAAGCAGACGAGGACAAGGACGAGGUAUCCUUGCCGCAAAGACAGCGACGAAGGAGGCAGCUCUACGCAGUGGAGCAAAGUGAGAAUUCGCGUAUCGCUGUCAGGGUGCACGCGAAUUUCGUGCGGGGGUGACACUCGAGAGGAGAAGGAGACGAAGAAGGAGGAGAGGAAAGAGGGAAGAAGUUGAAACAGAAACGAACGAAGGAGGAGGGAAGAUAUGUCCGCUGUCGAGAGUGCCUUGGACGUCCUCUCCAGAGCGGCGACGAUGGUGCAAGAGGAGAGACCGAAAACGACGAAUCUACAUCGGAAGCCGAGCAGUGCGUGGCGUAAGGAGCGUAGGAAAGAUCCGAUUCAGAGUGAAGCGUUGGAUAUGUCGGCGGCGCGGCAGCAUCAUCACCAUAGCAGACCGAGUGUGAUCGUCCCCACUAUGCCGCAAUCCGGUACUACGAUCGAGGACACCGCGGAGAUGCCUACGCCGACGGCGGUCCCUACUGCGGCGGGCGGACAGAGGACUGGCAUCAGGACGGCGGGUGGUGUUAGCGAUCCUGCGAUCGACGAGCAUUUCAAGCGAUCAUUGGGCCCGAAAGAAUACGCGGCCGUCUUUAACGCCACUAAUACUGACAAGGAAACCGGCCUGAGCGUUGAUGAUCACUUUGCGAAAGCUCUCGGUGAGACCUGGACGAGGCUUCAGGCGAUCAAUCGAAACAAGGAAUCCACCUAACCACUGGAGAAAUUCGUCAGGAAUCUUAUCAUCGUUCUCGUUGUCGUCCUCGUUGUCGUUUGACGACCAUCGUAACCCAUUCGGGUGAAAUCGUUCCAAUCUUGCUCGUUAAUUAUGCACUAGCGAUAAGUCAUUACCGAUAAGAAUUAAUUGCAUUCGCGCUUAUAUUCGAAGAGUCCGCAUAUUAAAGCAAAGCUGAAAUUAUAAGAAUUUUUAAAUAAUUGUUGAACUAAAACGUUGGAAGUUGAAUUGUCAGAUAGUACAAUUUUGUUACUGUGCACUCCCUUCAAAUUGGAUCUCUACAUCAAUACUCGACAUUUGAAAAGAUAUAAAUAAAAAAUGUUAAAACAUGACAGAUCAAAGUGGAAAGUAUAUGGAUUAAAUAUUAAAUACUUUCUAAAAUAUCGACUCACUUUUAUGUGACAUCUUUUGUUAAUACGUUAUUUGCUUAUAGGUUUGAAAUCGAUUAAUAUUUAUUCCUUUUCUCUCAUCAAAUGACAAAAUUAUGACUUAUACUUUUUUUCCACAUCGGACUCUUUUGUAAAACAUUUUGUUUUAAUUGGUACAUACUGUGCCGUAUAAGGAAGGUAUCAAGUGUCCUUGAUCUUCUCGCUUUUCAACUGGAUGCUCGAUGUCGUCGCUUUUUCAGACACGCGAAAUAAGAAGAACAUUGGGAAGGCUGGUCCGCUGCGCGUUACAUUUUGUACGGUGAGUGCAUCGCGUGAACGAAUUUGAUAUUGUUGUAUAUAUAAGCACGUAUUCCCUUACUACGCCAUCGCCACAGUCAUUACCGUAUAGUUCCAAGUUGUGUAUGAAUAUAAAAUUAUUUAUUAUAAUGUUUCAUAUAUUCCUCGCAAAAUACUAAGUUUAUAUAUAUGUACACAUACACAUAACACGCACAACACAUAUAUAUGUAUGUAUGUAUGUAUGCAAGAUGUUCUAUGUAAAUAGCAUAUGAAUCGAUAUUUUUUUUUCUUGUUCAAAAAUAAGAAAUUUCUUUUUUUAGAAAAUUGCCGUAAUUUUCACAUUAUUAAAAAAUGAGAUAUCUUGAAAACAAUACAUUUCCGAAAAUUUAGCUAAAGGAAAAAGAUGGUACCGGUUUAUGUUCUACCUUCAUAGGACAUCGUGUAUGUAUGUGUGUUUAUAUAAUGAUAUUUAUAUAAGCGUGUACGAGAGACUACAACACUGAAUAAUGUGAUACGUUCCCUGUUAGUAUAAAUAAUUUCAAUAAAGUAAACAAUAUUUUGGAAUUCGAUCGUAUACGAUUUACUUUUCAAAUUUCUGAUAUUUAAAUUUUGUCUUUAGAGACGAAUCUUUUAAUUCGUUUAAAAAUUGAUAAAACUAAGUUAAUAAAUUUCGCGCAAUUAGUAAUUAGAAAUAUUUUACGAGAUGUUUUUUCACGACAUCCUUUACAUAAUUACACUAUAAUUACACUAUACAUCUGACGGGCAGAAUAGUUUAAACAACUAUGCCACUUAAUUUGUCUCAACUAGGGGGAUAGGAUCAUUGUUGAUGAUACAUGUAUAUUGUAAUAAUGACCGUAUUGGAGGAAUGAAACGCGCACAAAAGGGUUAGUGAAAAGAACUGUAAUUUAAUAAUAAGACAGGACAUCGCACAAACGUAUAAAUAUUACUUUGUAUCGGCCAUAAUGCCGUACUAGUGGCUGUAAAAAAAGAAUGUAUAGAUAUAAAAAUGAUGUAUGAGAAAGAUUAAAAAAAAAAUAAGAAAACGUUUAAUUAUU